UGACGGGACUUUGCUGCAAACGGCUCUUGGUCAUCUCUACAGAGAAGUCAAGCUGGAGCAGGAUGGAGAAGCUGCUCUACACAGUGCUUGGAAGCCAGCUGAGAACGUCGGGAUGUCCUCGGAAAGAGGAAUAAUUCAGGACUUGGAAGACUUUUCCAAACAAGCUGAGCCAAAGAGAUUUCAGGGAAAUGAAAUUGAAGAGCAAAGGAGUAAUUCCUUCAUCUCCCAGGCUGGAGAACUUUACGAAAUGGCCAUCCAGCAAGCCAUUCACAGAGAGAAGAAAAAGACUAAGAAGUUUGGGGAGAGUUUGUUUCGAGACAAGCCGCUUAUGAAUCGGCAUCCACGAACUCAUCCGGGAGAGAGACUCUAUGAAUGCUCAGACUGCGGGAAAGCGUUCGUUUCCAAGUCCGGCUAUGUCGUGCAUUCAAGGAUCCACAGCGGGGAGAAGCCCUACGAAUGCUCGCACUGCGGCAAGAGCUUUCGCCAAAGCUCACAGCUCAACAGCCACAGCAGGAUCCACACAGGAGAGAAACCGUUCAAGUGCUUGGACUGUGGGAAGGGCUUUGGCCGGAGCUCCAACCUCAUUUCGCACCAGAGAAUCCACACGGGGGAGAAACCGUACGCCUGCUCGGCCUGCAACAAGCGCUUUUGCGACAAGUCUAGCCUGGUGAGGCACGAGAGGCUGCACACGGGAGAUAACCCCUACAAAUGCACCAUGUGUGGGAAAAGCUUCAGCCAGAGCCAUCACCUUAUUACCCACCAGAGAAGCCACACUGGUGAGAAACCGUACCGGUGUUUGCACUGCAGCAAGAGCUUCUGCGAUAAGUCAACCUACAUUCGGCAUCAGAAGAACCACACGGGGGAGAAGCCAUACAAAUGCCCCGACUGUGGAGAGUGUUUCAGCCGGAGCAAGCACUUCAUCAGGCAUCAGAACAUUCACUCUGCCCGGGAGCUGUACCCUUGUCUGGACUGCGGCGAGAGUUUUUGCCGUAAAUCGAGCCUGAAGACGCACCAGAGAAUCCACACUGGCGAGAAACCCUUCGAAUGCGCCGACUGCGGGAAGAAGUUUAAUCGCAGCACGAACCUGAUCAGCCAUCAGAGAAUCCACACAGGAGAGAAACCGUAUGCAUGCGCGGAAUGCGGGAAGAGGUUCAAUCGUCGAGCGCAUCUGAUGGGCCACCAGAGAGUCCAUGCACAGAACAGAGAAAACCCUUACAUUGGCAGAGGGGCGCAUGGGGCCUAUGAAAUCAUGGCUUCGUCUGUGAAGGUGAAGGAAGAGACUAUUCAUGAGGAAAACACUGUCAGCUUGGAGAUGCGGUGCUGGCACCAGGGGGCUGAAGAAGCCCAAGAGAUGCCAGAAUAUAAUUUUUCUAAGGCGAAGGAGAAUUCGUCAGGCAUGGUGAAGAUGCAGGCGGUCAAAAAGGAGGGUCGCCUGGAGGCCAUCUUGCUGGAUGGUAACCAAGGGUGGGAGAGUGAAGAGGAGUCCUUCCCACCAGAAAGACAAAAGCAAGCUGAUACAAGCAGAAUGUCUUUGGAAGAGAUGCCUGGGAAUCAACAGGGGGCCGAACAUUGCCAGGAAAAUGAUCCGUGGGCGAUAGAAGUGCACCCCUUUUUACACAAUGUACACAAAAGCAAUUUCCAAAAGGGAAUCUUGAGGCCUGAGGGAAAACGGAUGGGCUCAGAGUAUGGAAGGACCUUUUAUCAAUGCCGGGACCUUCCUCAGAAUCAGAACAUGCAAAAAGGGGGUAAUCUAUACACGUGCACAUACUGUGGGAAAAUAGCCAACAGGAGAGCAGACCUUAUUGUACACGAGAGAACUCAUACCGGAGAGAAACCGUACAAAUGCUUCGAGUGCGGGAAGAGUUUCAACACUACCUCUUACCUCACAAAACAUAAAAGAAUACACACUGGAGAGAAGCCGUAUCAGUGCUUGGAAUGUGGGCAGGGCUUCUGCCAGAAAGGUAACCUGGUUUCUCAUGUGAGGAUCCACACGGGGGAGAAGCCGUACACCUGCACAGAGUGCGGACAAAGUUUCAGUCAAAGGAAAAUCCUCGAUAAACACCGGAGGAUCCAUACCGGAGAAAAGCCGUACAAGUGUUUAGACUGCGGGCAAAGCUUUAGUCAGACGUCUCAUCUCCUGACGCACCGGAGGACCCACACAGGGGAAAAGCCACACAAAUGCUCCGACUGUGGGAAGAGCUUUAACCAGAAAGGAGACCUCGUCAUACACAAGAGAAGGCACACAGGCCAGAAGCCAUAUGAAUGCUCCGAGUGCGGAAAAAGCUUCAGCACCAGCUAUCAGUUCAUCAACCACAAAAGGUUACACACGGGAGAGAAACCAUACAUGUGCUCAGACUGUGGGCAGAGUUUUAAUUGGAAAUCAAACCUCAUAACGCACCGGAGGAUCCACACAGGUGAGAAACCAUAUGAAUGUUCCAUUUGUCGGAAAAGCUUUAGUGACAAGUCCUCCCUUACGAAACACGUGAGAACUCACACAGGGGAGAAACCGUAUAAGUGCUCCGACUGUGGGCAAAGCUUCAACUUGAAAUCCAACCUUAUUACGCAUCAGAGAACUCAUACCGGAGAGAAGCCAUAUAAAUGCUCCGAGUGUGGCAAAAGCUUGAGUCACAGGUCCUCCCUUACCAAACACAUGAGAACCCACACAGGAGAGAAACCCUAUGAAUGCUUCCAGUGCUCGAACUGCGGGAAAUCCUUUUCCCAGCACUCUAACCUUCUGAGACAUGAGAGAACCCACACGGGAGAGAAACCCUACAAGUGCGCAGAUUGCGAGAAGAGCUUUAACCAAAAGGCCUCUCUUAUCAUCCACAAGAGGACCCAUACGGGAGAGAAGCCGUACGGAUGCUUGGAAUGUGGGAAGAGCUUCAGUACCAGCUCUCAGCUUAUAACACACAAGAGGGUACAUUCGGGCGAGAAGCCCUAUCAGUGCUCGGACUGUGGACAGAGCUUCAGCCGGAGACCGCACCUUGUUGUACACGAGAGGACACACACCGGAGAGAAACCCUAUAAAUGUUCAGACUGUGGGCAAAGCUUCCGGAACAGCUCAGUUUACACAGUUCACAAGAGGACACAUACGGGAGAGAAGCCAUACCAGUGCUCGGACUGUGGCAAAAGUUUUGGUACAAAGGCAUCUCUUUUGAAGCAUCAGGGGACCCAUACAGGUGGGAAGCCGUACGUGUGCUCUGAGUGCGGGAAAUGCUUCACAACCAGCUCCAAUCUUAUAUACCACAACAUAGUGCACACAGGAGAGAAGCCCCAUAAGUGCUCUGAGUGUGGCAAAAGCUUCCACUGGAAGUCGUCCCUUAUCACACACGAGAGGACCCACACAGGAGAAAAGCCCUACAAGUGCCCUGACUGCGGGAAGAGCUUUGGCAACAGCUCCCAGCUUCUCAGACACAAAAGGGUCCAUACGGGUGAGAAACCGUAUCACUGUUCGGAAUGUGGCAGAAGCUUCAAUCAGAUUGCCUCGCUCAUCGCUCACAAAAGGAUCCAUACAGGAGAGAAGCCCUACGAAUGCUCCGAGUGCGGAAAGGGGUUUGGUACCAGGACCAACCUGAUGAUGCACAAGAGGGUACACACGGGAGAGAAGCCGUAUAAGUGCUCCUACUGUGGGCAGAACUUUAGUCAGCGGACCCAUCUUAUCAUCCACGAGAGGACCCACACAGGAGAGAAGCCCUACACAUGCUCUGACUGCGGGAAAAGCUUCAAUGCGAAAGCACCCCUUAUCACCCAUAAGAGGACCCAUACGGGAGAGAACCUGUACCAAUGCACCCAGUGCGGGAAAAGCUUCAGCACAAGCUCUAACCUUCUCAACCACAAUAUAAUCCACACAGGAGAGAAGCCGCACAAAUGCUCGGAUUGUGGCAAGUGUUUCAAUCGGAAGUCGUCCCUCAUUACCCACAAAAGGACACACACAGGCGAGAAGCCGUACGCUUGCUUCGAAUGUGGGAAGCGCUUCAUCUCUAGCUCGGACCUUACAAAGCAUAAGAAGGUACACAGAGGAAAACAUUCGGUCCGUGCCGAAAGCUUCAUGUAUAGCUCUGCGGUUGGGGAGCAACAAACAACACACUCAGGAGGGCAGCCCUAUUAG